CGAGAUUUCGUCGAGGUCCUGUCGUGAACUGCUUCGAUACGGAGCCCGUGACUGCAAAUGCGCAGGAAAAUGGUCGUCAUCGAGUAAAGUAAAGAAUCAAUGGAUGGGGACAUCGAGAGGCGGCUGUGAAAUCUGCCCGAGUCUGGUAAUUGGGAUGCGUCUGAAAUUGCAGGUGAACUGCCGAUCGCUAUGCCACAUGGAGUUCUACUGGAACCUCGGUGUGCUUCUAAAUUGACAGGAAGUUGCGAAUAGGUGCCCGGAUUCUUGGUCGUACGAACUCAGCAGUGGCGAGCAAGUUGCGCAAGGAAGAAAGAUAGAGUCGGCCGGCGUACAUUUUAUGUACGCGAGCGAACUGUAUGUUUUCUUUCACUAUGGACCGGAUGGUGUGAUCUCUGUAGCAUGUUUGUUUGGAUCAUUGGGCGUCUUUUUGGGCUGGAACAUAUAUGGACAGAAGGGCAGGCGAGUGACGUCACAUUGCCGGGCAUUCAAUCAAUGAGCCUCGUGGAAGUGAAGAGUUGACAGUGGAGUCCGAGAAAGGAAGAGUUUAGAACAAUCGGUUAACUGAUUCCCUAUGGACUCGCCAUGCCUGCUCCACUGCGUCCUGUCUGUCCUGGGCAGGAAGCACAAGGCGCGGAGGGCAAAUAGACCAGACGGACGCACGUGAAAGUGAAAUCCCGGGCAUUCAACAACUCCUCCAGAACUCCUCCAAAGCAGCAUGGAUUGCUGUUGUGGCGCGAGGAACUUGAUGGGCGAUGGAUAGAUAGAUAGCUGUGCAGUGAGCCAGCGAGGGCCGAGUCGUUUGUCCGUCGCCAAAGAAAGGAAGCGGGCAUCCAUGCCUGCCAGCCAGCACCCCAGUAUCUUUGUCCUCCGAAACAUUCCUAAUUUAGGCCGAGGAGUGGGGAACGGCCAGCGGCAAAUAGGCAUGUGUUGUUCAUCUGAGCUUCGUGCCGUUGUGUGUCCAAAUCGGAAAGAAUCCUCCGCUGGCCCGGAAGGGAACCUUCACUAGAAUUCCGAAGCCACACACAAUUGAUAAGACAAGACAGCCACGGGAUGAGAGUCGUCCAUGCAGAGCUCCUCCAGGUCUGAACCAAAAGCCAGGGUGUCACAUUUCCAUCACAUGACGAAGGUAGGGUCACAUCUCGAUUCUCGAUGGCGAAUAGAAGUUUUUCUCCUCCUUCGUGACAAUCCUGCUGCGGAGUGGACGUGGUUGUGUCGACAACUGCUUUCCCAAGAAAUCAAGAACAAAGAGAAUCUACCCAAGCCAAUGUUACCGGACUUCCACCACAUCCUCUCAACCCUCCUCCAUGUGAAGGUCCACGUGAAAUUAGGAAUUUGCUCGGAGGGCUUGUGAUGUCAAGGUCAAUGCAGUGAAUCGCGUAAUGAGCGAUGGAAAGUCAAAGUUACCGCUAAUUCAGAAGGAGCAACGACGCCUAGCACCUUAAUGGCGAUGUGGGUGAAGUUGUAGUAACAUGACGGUGAAGAGGAAAGAAAUGCCAUGCGAACGAGCUUGCCAACCUGUUGAUGCUGAGGAAAAAGAAAAAAGAUGGUGGUACAGUUGAGUCAAACUCACUGUCUCUGGCUACAGACGUUGACAAGUAUCCAAAUCCGGCCCUGAAUAAGAAUUCUCUCAAGAAUGAUCCGCAGGUAAAUAGAAAAGAUCCCUGGAGAGGCGGGCAAGCAAGCCGCAUCUAUUUGCUAUCCACAUACAAGAAACAAAUCUUCGAACGCAGUAGAAAAGGCGUCUCUCAAUCAUCGAGCUGGAAAGGAUAUGCACAAACGGUGUGGAGUGGUGGGCGCAUUCGACACCGGAUACAUGUCCGAGAAGCACCAGGUCAUCGUGGUGAGGGCUCCUGUGGUUUGGCGUCAAUAAGAAGACGUGCGUAGUCCACAUGAGUGAAUGUGAAACAUGUUGGAAACGGGAGUAGAGACCAAAUUGUCACUACUCUCGGCACGGGAUGGAGGUUCGGGCCCUGCGUCCGUUCUCAAAACAUUGCCAUGGCCACCCUACAUCUUCAAAAAGCACACACAUACAAGGGGGUACUCUAAAGGGGGGGUGCGUAAAUCUAGGGUGCGACUCGAAGAAAAACCUGUGGCGAUGAACUAGCAAUUAGGGUCGAAAAGCUCAAAGGCAACCCUUGACACUUCAAACUUCCCAACCGCGUGUUCGCCAAAAGUGUUCCACACCUCCCGAAGGAGUAGAAACUAUGGCCGCAUUCUUCACGAAGUUUGGUUGGACUCGUAGGCGGGGAGCGAGUGCUCCCUCACUCUUCCGUCUCGUCAUAUCCGUCCCACGAGAAUUCGGAAACGGCUUAUUGUACUUACGUUACCUAAACGCGGAAAGGAGACCUUUUCCUCCCUUAUUCUCGUGCAGCGAAAGAUGAGCGUCGACGAACAUGACGGCCGUAAAAAAGUGAUAUCGAUUUUUAUAAUAAAAAAUAUUCGACGGAGAAUGGGGGGGUGGGGCUUUCCCAGAUGCAUCACAUUUGUGAACCGCUGGCGUUCUUGGAGAAGAGAGGGAUAAUGAGGUAUCGAUCGAAUCCCUCGAGCGAUGCCUCGAGGUAAACAUUUGAAUAUUUGUCUUAGCGCGUCGGCCUCCACGUUUGUUUCGUCGAGCUCGGAUUCACUCGGCAAGUACUAGGCAUGGUGUUGAGUAGCGUCCUACGAGAAAGGAAUGACAUAUUUUGCAUGAUGUUCAUGAGUAGGAAUGAUGUCUUUGGCAAUUACGGGCCAAUGAGGCCCGAGUAACGGUUUUCUCCCCGAUGUAACCCACGAGGGCGGAAUUCGCCACUCGAAUGUUCUAUGGAAGCACUUUGUAUGAGGGAGGGAGUUAGCCAUGGCAAGAAUCUCUACAUAACGGUUGUAGGUAAUGCAGUAGGUUGACAGAUGGAGGAUGAUGUCUCCCCCUCUCGCUCGCACUCUGCCAUGGUCUUUCCAUCUUCCAUCUAUCUUCCCAUC